GCCAGAUAAACACAAAAGGUUGUGAGUGAGUCAUCAGGCAUGCUUUGUUUUAUCACAUAGGCACUGUGCACUUUGUAAUGAAAUGAUCGAAUCUGGAAGUUUUCCAUUAUUGUGCGAACGUUACCCCAGGAAUGUACAUCAGGGAAUGUGCGCAUGAAGUAUGCACGCUAUAACUGGAGGUACGCUUACUUCUCAGCUUUUUUAUUAGCCGAUCAUGACAUCAGCAGAUAUUCAGAUAAAACGUGAAGCAACAGACGAAAUUAUGAAGGAAGAGAUUGAGGACUACAAUAUGUCGAAGGAGACGAUUAUGGAAGAUGAGGAAGAAGUUACAGGAGGGACAGAAGGAAAGGAUCCAGACUUAAUUGAUAUGUUCAAAGGUCACAGCACUCUACAGAAUGGAACGAACUCAGCUCUUGAUAAAAACAGCUCAAGUCCGGAGGCUGCGGUGGAAGCAGUAGACUAUACUGUUCGUAGACGAGAGGACGUCAUGGAAGAUCCCAUACACCAUGGCAUAUUCCAAUGCAGCCAGUGCAAUUUCAGAACUGAAAAUGAACAAGAGUAUUUUCAUCAUAGUGAAGAACAUGCCCCUGAUCGUGAUUUCAUCUGCAUUGUAUGCAAUCGAAAGUUCUCGAAAAAACAAAGCCUACGAAGGCACAUGAAUCUUCAUAGCGGUCACCGGCCAUUUAAAUGUCCUUUGUGCGAGUACAGAUCCUCGCGCAAGGAUCAUCUCCAGCUUCAUCUUCGCACACGUCAUGCACCCGGUAAAGCUACUAAUUACCAAUUCAAGUGUGUGAUCUGCGGAAACUCGUACCAAAGUCAGAAACGCAUGAUAAUGCACAUGAAGUCGCAUCAGAGGACGCACCGCUGCGACAUCUGUGGGAUGACAUUUCCUUCUUUCACUGCAAUGGACAGCCAUAAAAAGGCUAAACAUGUCAUGCCUACAACUCCUGUAUCAAACGGAAGUCCAUAUACGUGUCACGCUUGUGGUUUCAUGAGCACAAGUGCUCAGGGCUAUCAUAUCCAUUUGCAAAGUCAGCGACAUAAGGAUGUCAUUACCGCAUCCGUUCGAAUUCCUCAAGUCUUGAAGUCUUCAAUCGAAGAUGAGAAAAGAGAUGAUAGGAUCGAAAUGACUGCAGUUUCGUUCCCGGGUCCCAUUCCAAUUUCUAUGCGUCCAAUGAUACCAGAUGGCCCACAGCGCCUUCCGCCGACAUUGUCGCAUCUCCAUAAUCCUAGAGUCUUUCCGCAUCACCAGAUUCCCGGACCACAUUUCCCUAUCAGACCAGAAUUCUUCUCUCCGGUUUUUGGAUUUCCAAGACCGGACUUCCCAAGGCCAGAAUUUCGAAGCGAACAUAAAUCUGCAAUGCCGGUUAUACUUGCUGAUGUUAGUUCUCUGCGUUUGAGCCCUGCAGCUUCCGAGACUAUAUCUACCGGAUCACCAUCUCAAAGUGUAUCACCCAGUUAUAACCGAACAGUCAGCCCAAGCUAUAAUGCCUCAAGUCCUACGUCUAGUCCACUGAUGCAAAUGCCAGGCUUACUUAUGAAGUCAUCGCAGGAUUCUCCACGUAGUGUAUUUGUGAGUAGCGCAAGUCCAGUGAGUCCACAUUACACGUCAGUGAAUGUUAGCACCUACAAUCAAGGUGACGAGGCGUCACCGAAAAGCGUUGACUCAAAAUCGCGUACAUCAAGUUUUGAUUCAGGGCACGAAACUCGGCCAGAGCCGACACAGUAUAACAUGGCCACUAGCUCAGGGACGCGGGAUAACGCAACACAAGAUGAUAUCCGUAGAUGUAAGCAUUGUCACACUGUCUAUCCAGAUGAUGUAAUGUAUGGUAUACAUCUUGGUUGCCACGGAGUGAACCAUCCGUUCGAAUGCAACAUUUGCGGUCAAAUUUGUUGUGAUAAGUAUGAUUUUGCGACCCACAUAACAAGAAGUCUACAUAAAAAAUAAAUGUGUUACCAAUUGUGGUAGUGAUACAUAAGGAAAAUAUAAAGCAAAAAAAUAGAUAUAGAAGAAAAAAAGGCUGGAUUCCAAACCCACCUUUGUUGAUAGUUGCAAUGUAAUGUUAUUUCCAAGAAAUUUAUUUAUUUAUGUUAAAUUUUUUCCAUUUACUCUUUUCAUUUAAUCCGAAGAACAACUCAUCAUGUAUAUUUAUCUUGCUAAAUGCAGCUAUUUCAGCCUGAAGCCAGUCACAGGUAAAGACAAUCAAUGAUAAUAUAAUUGAACCUAAGAUUAUCUAUAGCUGUCAAAAUUUGUAAAAAUAAGAAGGCACUGUCAUUAGGAUAAGAAUAAGUACAGGUUAGAGUAAUCUGCAGGACAAUCAUCUUCUUUAUGUUGUGUGUGUUAUAAGUACCUGAACUCUGAACUCCAGCAUAUCGUUGAAAUUCUCUUGUACUGUUCAUGUGAUUUCUUAGGAAUGGAUAUCCCUCUUUGUCAAAUGGAAUUGAGGAGGACGCCAAAGUCAGUUGUAUUAGACAAUAUUAAAUCAACAUAUAUAUAAUCAAUAUGUGUUGACAAUCAAAACAUUAAAGAAGCCCUUUUUGGGAGUGGGGAUAUGGGUCGGUUACUUCGAAAAACCAAAUUGUACUGGAUAUUUUAAACAAGACAAGUUCAUUAAUUUUCAGAACAGUUUAAUUGUAAUGUACUUUAGAAAGUAUAGUAUGAGACUGAUAUCAUAUAUACAGUGUUACUGUUGCACUUGUAGAGCAUCACGAUAUUAUACUGUAUGCUAGUGAGUUUAGCUUCCCUUUAAAAUGCUUGUAUCAGCAUGGUCAGACAAAUCACUGGCUAAAAUGUAUGGCCUAGUGCAAAGAAAUAAAUUGUUUAUCUGGUACAUUUGGAUUACGAUUCUGUGUAAUACCUCAAAUAAUAUCUUCCCCUCCCGAUUUUGUAGUGAUUAAAAAGAACGUAUAUUCUGUUUGUCAGCAAACCCUAUACUCCAUACAUUUGAAGUCUGUAUAACUCAUUAAUAUCAUAUUGGGUCUAUUAAACAGAAUUGUCCUUGAUAAUCGGCUAUUUUGAAUGCAUUCAAAAUUGCUUUUGAUGAUCUCACAAAUGAUUGAUAAUUCGUGAAAUACAGGAAAGAUAGAAAACCUUGGUUCACAGGUCAUCGUUGCUAGUACUAACACCACAACCUGUUAAAUGGGCUUUGCAAAAUCUAGUAUAAUCUAAUAGACGGUUCAACGGAAAAAAGAUCCUAGAGUUAUAAAAGAUGUAAUAUAUUUAUUUCAGAAAAUGUUAACUUAUUUAAAAGAAAGGAAAGCGUAGAUGCGUGCAGGGUGUUGUGUUCUGUAUGUUGGUUUAGUCAUUAAAAGAAAACGAAACGUUUUGUAUAUAUAAACAAUGUUAGCUCUUUGGGAAAAAAUGUUUUUUAUGUUAUUUAUUUCAUAUGCUUUGUGUAUGUAAUGUUGUAUGGGCUAAAAAGCACAUAAUAAGAUAUAUAAACUGUGUAAGUGGAGAUUUUUGUGUGUAAUACUUUAUUAUAAGUAUUUCCAUAUCUUUGAAUUGAUUUUUUAACUACCCAGCUAUACAAUUGAGAAUGUAUGUUGCAUUCAAAAUAAGAAUUACCACCACCAAUGUAAACCACCUCCACUCCCAAUUUUGAGAAACACUCUUAAAUGUUUUAUGUAAUUAAAGAUUUAGUAUCAUUGUCUUUUUGUAUUUCUAGAUGUUUCAAUAUUAUAUUAAUACUUUGCAACACCACACUGUAAAUCCCUAAUUAUUUAUUUAUUUAAUUAAUUUUGUGUGUGUCCUUUCAGUGUUGACUGAAUUAAAGGGCCUUCUACUAAAUACAUGUUUCACUGAUGUUCACUGUAAAGCUCUGGCCAGACAUCAAUUAUAUUUGACAAACACAUGUGAAAUGCCUAAAUAUGGUCAUAAUGACAUCACAUCAUGACCAUAUAUAGGCACAUAUAGACUAUAUAUGGGCAUACAACAGUCUUUUCGUCAAAUGAAAUGUGAUAAUCUGGAUAGGGCUUUAUGUAGUACUAUUAUAUUUUUGUCUGUCAGAUGAAACGGUGUCUGUUCAGACUUAUAUUUCAGUCAUAUCUAAACAAAUAUAUUGUAUUUCCAUUUCUUUUGGAAGUACAGUAGAAAAAGCUUUAUACCAGAUCUGACAGACAAAAAUCUGAUGAAAUAUGACUGGUUUAGACUAUCUCUGGAAGGAAACAUCCUGAUUUGUGUAUUGUUUUUUUCUUGCAGAUGUAUUUUGUAUUUACAUAUUGAGUAAAUACAUUUCUCAUGAUGCUUCAUAAAAAUUGUAAAGUCAUUCAUUGGUCUGAUGCCUUUAGGAUUCAUAAUGGAUAAGUAGAUCCUAGGUUAAGUGCAUCAUAUCUUUGAUGUAUAAGUACUCCACAGCUUUUCAA